UGAUUGAUUGAAACACUAUAGAUUAGACAUUUUGGUCAAGAAAUUAGUUUUGAAAACCACUUCAAAAGUGUUUAGUAUUUGAUUGUAAAUUCAAAAGUUGUCAUCAAUUUAGUUCACUAAAGACAAGCGAAACAAACUAUGGCCACAACUCUGAUGACGAGAAUCAAUCUAAUGAUUCUGUUUGUCAUACAAUUAGCGCACUUUAGUUUAUCGGAAAUGUUGACCUUCAACAAUACGGGAUUGGACGGAAGUGUGACCAUCUAUCAAAUGGAUUCGGACACUUAUGCAACUGUGGUCAUCACCUAUUUGGUCGUUUUGAUCAUUGCUGGCUGUUGUGUGGUGUGUAUCGUAUACUUUGGUGUGAAACUACUUGAAAAUGUGACGGGAAAAAGUCGAUACAUACAUCUCACGGGUCAGCCGCCACUACCUCUUCCUCCUAAGCCCACUUCGGUCACCAAAACCGGUUCAAAGCCAUCUUCAGGCACAAUCAGAUCUUAG